CGCCUCCGCGCCGCCGCCGACUCCGACGCCGUCUGGUCCCGCUUCCUGCCCCGCGACCUCCCUCGGCUCGCCGAAAACGAGAUCCCAUCCGCGCGGCUGUCCAGCAAGGGCCUGUUCCAGCGCCUCGCCGUCCAGCCCGCCCUCCUCCCAGGCAAGCUCGUGAGGAUGCGCCUGGACAGGGCAACCGGCGCCAAAUGCUACGCGCUUUGCGCGAGGUCGCUCCACAUUUCCUGGGGAGAGACACAGGAGUACUGGCGCUGGAUACACGUCGAUGUUGACGAUUGCUACACUACGAGAGGAGAAAGGUUCUCAGAGGCUACUCAACUCGUGGGUGUUUAUUGGUUGGAGAUCCGUGGCAGGAUAGAGAGCAAGAUGCUGUCCAAGAACACGGCGUACAAGGCUCGCAUGGUGUUCAAGCUAGGAAAGGAAAGAGAAAAACUGAAUUAGGGAAUUGAUCCCUAUGUGAUCAAAUUCCUAUUUCUUAAGAGGUAAGAAAGGAAAGAUGAGAUUGUCUCUCUUACCUGCCUUGCCGUCGGCCUCCUUCCCUAUAUAAGGAGGGGAGGGGCUGCCCCUUGGAUGCCCCUGCUCUCCCUGACCUCCUCCUCUCACGCGCACGGUGAAGCCCUACCCGUGGAGAACUCCACCAUAGCCUACACCACGCCGUCGUGCUACUGGAAUCUCAUUGACCUCUUCCCCUCGCUUGCUGGAUUAAGAAGGAGGAGCCGACGUGAAGCUGAACGUGUGGAUACCAAGGAGGUGCCAUCGUUUUCUGCACUGAGAUUGAUCUCGUCGAAAGUUCCACUACGCCAACAACGAUCCUGUGAUCGUAACGCUUUGUGGUCUACAAGGGUAUGAUGCUCAUUAUCCCUCUCGUUACUUAUAUCUACUAGAUAUGUUUUUGGGUUUCUUCCGCACAUUCUCGUAGGAAAUUUUUUGUUUUCCAUGCAACGAACCCUUCAGUGGGUCGGUCAGCGUUGGACGGAGAAAAUCGACCCGGAAAGUUUGCCUCCAGGCCUGUGUCAACGAGGAUGCCGACGCCGUUGCGGCCGGGGCGCCUCCGUAUCAUAUCUUGCCACCUAGCACGGUUACUACUCCUCGACCUAGAGUGCGGCUCCCUCAAAGAAGGGCUGACGGUUGGAUGGAGGUGGAGUGAGGUAGUUUCUACAAUGAGGAAGGUGAUGAUGGUGAGGUGUCCAUCUGCUUGAAGGAGAUCAAAGGAGGGAUUUGGAAGAGUGGUCUUAUUGUGCGGGCUAUCGAGAUUACGACUUGCCAACCCACAAAAAGAAAAUUAACCCGCAAAAAGAGAUUGCAAGUAAGAAACAAACCUGAAGAGCUCCUAAGCCUAUAUGUGGACCGUCCAAAUUGAAGUUAAGAGACUUUGUUAGUGCAGUUUGGAUGGGUUUUGGGAAGCAUAAGCUGUAAUACAUAUUUUUGUAGUUUUGGGGGCAUUCGGCUUAAGAUCGAGUUGAGGGAAUGAUUCAUGGUUGUAAAUUAAACAUUUUCCUAUAUAUAUUUUUCCUAUAUUUUAUCCCAGCA